CUGCAGCCAAUCGCAGGAAACAAGGAAAUGUUUCUUUCGCGCUCUGUCCCGAACAUGAGCAAUGCAACAUCCUGCCGUUGAUGCAUGUUUAUGUCUUCCGUUCAGUCAUAGACUUCUAACUCAUAUUUCUCACCAUGGACGGUGCAUUGACUACUGAGCAUCAGGAGGAUGGGUCUUUGCGGAGGAGAAAGACAGAAGACGAAGGAGAGGAUCAGAUCGAGAGCAAGUUGUCAAAAACGGAAACCACAGGUUUGGAGUCUUGCUUGGAUGAGCCAGUUGAGUUGAGAAGUGUUCAUGAAGUCAUCAAGUAUGGAGCCUCGUCUCUGCCAGCUAAGCAUUAUGACCCGGACACCACCGAGCCAAUCAGCUCCGGCCUUCAGUCCCUGGAGGAGCUGUUGUCGUGGAAACGCAGCGAGGCCAACCCUUUCAACGUGGCGACGGUGCCCCUGGCCAAUCGGGAGCCUUCUCUGGCCAGCACGCCGCACCGGACUCUGGUGAGUCACGACAUGAUGGGCGGAUACCUGGAUGACAGGUUUCUGCAGGGAGCAGAGUCGGAUGCUCCCUAUGUGUUCUACCACUGGCAGUACAUCGACGUGUUUAACUACUUCAGCCACAACACGGUGACCAUCCCCCCGUCCGUCUGGACCAACGCUGCUCACAGACACGGAGUCAUCGUCCUGGGCACCUUCAUCACUGAGUGGACGGACGGGGGGAAGAUGUGCGAGGUCUUCCUGAAAGAGGAGGAGUCUUACAGGGCCGUAGCUGAUAGGCUGGUUCAGAUAGCCCACUGUUACGGCUUCGAUGGUUGGCUGAUCAACAUCGAGAACCCUCUCGGUGAGACUGCUGUCAAGAACACUCCUCUGUUUCUACGUUAUCUGACGGACCAGAUGCACGAGAGAGUCCCUGGUAGUAUGGUUUUGUGGUAUGACUCUGUUCUGGAGAACGGACAGCUCAAAUGGCAGAAUGAACUCAACCCAUCCAACAGAGUGUUUUUCUCAGCGUGUGAUGGUAUCUUCACCAACUAUAACUGGACAGAGCAGAACCUGGAGGGAAUGAAGGCCUACUCAGCUGCUCAGGGCCGGCUGGCGGACAUCUUUGUUGGGGUGGACGUGUUCGCCAGGGGAGAGGUGGUGGGGGGGAAGUUGGAGACUAAUAAGGCUCUGGAGAUGAUUCGUAAACACGACUUCUCCACAGCCAUCUUUGCUCCAGGCUGGGUGUACGAGUCCAUCCCAGACAAGAAUGACUUCAGGAAGGAACAGGACAAGUUCUGGUCUCUUCUGUCUGACUUCCUGUAUGUCCACCGGCCCUCGUCGCCCCUCCCUUUCGUCUCCUCCUUCUGCCAGGGUGCUGGGACCAGCCUCUACUGGAGGGGACAGCGUGAGGUGGAUCGUAGCUGGUUCAACCUGGAUGCCCAGGAGCUGCAACCCCUAUACUACAGAGAGACCCUCGAGGGGGAGGGCUGGCUGAGGACCCAGGGCUGCCCUGAAGAUGCCUGGAGCGGGGGCAGCUCUCUGCUCGUAGAGGGCGUCCUACCCUCCAUGCUGUCUAAAGUCUGCGCCAGGAUCUUUUCUCUCCAGGUGCCUCUAUCCUCCAGGGUCUUUGUGUCUCUGAUCUAUAAGCCGUCUCCUGGGGUCACUGUCUCUCUGGAGUUAAAGACUGCUGAUGCUACACUCUGCACACACAGAGGUGUUCAGGAUAUACCUACCAGCAGUAUUGAGCCUGUUGCUUUAACAGAGGACCACCAGUUGAUGAGACAGUUCUCUCAGAGCUGUGGACAGUGGAACCCAGACGGAUGGACUGUCAGGUGUUCCCAGUUGGAGCUGCAGGGCUGUGCUCUGAGGGAUGUGUGUGUGAGCGUGCAGCGUGAUGGAGGAGAUAAGGACACACCCUUCAAAUGCCGGGUCGGAGAGAUUAUGAUCCUGGAUGCUGAGUCCCUCUCCGUUCCUCCCCUCCCAGUCCAGAGUGUGUGUCUCUAUGACGUGGUGUGGCUGAGGGGCGCCAAUAAACUUAAUCUCAACGCCACCCUGCGCUGGCGCUACCCUGCCCAACUCGUACGCCACUUCCUGGUGUACUGGCGCCGGCUGAGGGGUCCAGACCGGAUCCCAUCUGGCAAGCUGUCCCUGAUUGGCCGAGCCUACUGCCCCUUAUUCCGUGUGACUGAGCUGACGGUUCCAGAACCUCCAGGUCUUCUAGAACUGGUGGUGGAACCCGUGUCCCGGGAGGGGUUCCGUGUUCCUGAGUCCCAAUGGGGGAGGAGGAGUCUCAGUUAUACUGAGGAGAGGACGGACCAAUCAUAAGACACUGAAAGGGUAGCAAUGUACUGGCUGUCCCAAAUGGAACCCUAUUCCCUAUAGUGCACUAUAUAGGGAAUAGGGUGCCAUUUGGGAUGUACUACUGGACUUGCUACUCCACUUCCUGUCCAGUCAGUGAUAACCUGAUUCAGUAAGCUAGUUUGUAGUGAUGUGAUCCUCCUAGUCACCUAUAGAGUUAACCAUGUUUUUCUAGUCAAGAAAGUAU